AUGAAGUCAAAACCAUCUCCUUCGCAGCUAAAGGAAAGGACGUGCUGUCAGGUAUUCUGGGCUAUCUUUCCCCACGCUUGCUUCAUUUGUUCAUUAGUGGUCUAUGCCCUUCUGGGAGCGCUCAUGUUUUCUCAAGUGGAAGGCUACCGAGAGAGUUGUGAAGGUGAAGCCUACAGGAGCUUCAUGCUGAAACUUUGGAAUCUUUCAAAAGAUUUAUCAGUUCUGCAGGCAGAUUUACUCUCUGAUUCUCUCCCCUGCUUCCCCAAUAUCAUUCUUCAUUUACAAAAAGUAGAUCCUAAAUUUUUUAAUCCUAAAAAAUGGUCCUUUCUUGGCUCUCUCUUCUUCUGCUGCACUGUCUUCACCACAGUAGGUUAUGGUCAUAUUUAUCCCGUGACGAGACUUGGGAAAUACUUGUGCAUGGUGUAUGCAUUGUUUGGUAUACCUCUCAUGUUUCUGGUCCUCACCGACAUGGGUGACAUCCUAGCAGCUAUAUUAUCCACCUCUUACAAUCGUGCCCAGAAACUACAAUCAAAAGUAUUAGCCAAGCUUUCUUUUAUGUCUUGCUGUAAAAACACUGAUUCCAAAGGAGGCUCAGCUUCACUUGGGCCAGCCAAAAUAGUUCUUCUUGAGCCUUUAAAUAUUAAGGAUGCUUUGAAAAAUAAUUCUUCCUUUAAAAAAAAGCCUGGGCAAAAUCAAAAUGUUGAAAUUUUUGAAAGGCUUAUUAUCAGGGAAAACGCUCUUCUUGCACCUCCAAAACUGACCCGAUUUGAACGAUGGAGUUCCUGUCCUGAAUUGGACAAAGGGGCAAUGGUGAAUCAUGUGAUCAGCAGCAUCAAUAAUAUAGGGAAAGAAGUAGAAAAGCUGGAUGUGCCCUUUUCACUGAUGACUGUUAUUGUUUUUGCAUACAUCUCCUGUGCUGCAGCUAUUCUUCCACAUUGGGAAAGAGCUUUAAAUUUUGAGGAAGCUUUCUAUUUUUGCUUUAUCACCUUAACGACCAUUGGCUUUGGUGAUGUCAAACUGCAACAUCCCAACUUUUUCUUAUUUCUCUCCGUUUAUAUUAUAGUUGGCAUGGAAAUUGUCAUAAUUGCUUUCAAACUGGGACAAGACAGGAUCCUUGGUCUGUACAAGAAGCUGCUUUUCUGCAUUGGUCGAAAAAAAUAUCCCUGA